CCUCCCCUUUUCUGCUUGGGAAGCAACUAGCUGCUGACGCUCUUUCCCAGAAGGCAGCUCUUUGCCACGAAAGCCAAGGAAGCCGCAGUAUGGCUGCCCUGGCACGCAAGCAAGCUCCGGCUUCGGAAUUAGCUCCCGAGAAGCUCAGUGUCCAAUGGAGGCACAUCUCCAACCACUUCGAUGUAACUCUGUCAGGAAACCUGCUUGCUACCCAGGGUGAACAGUGUGAUAAAGGCUUCUACUACAGUCUCUGAUCAUCACUACAUCCUGGGGUUCCAGGAGAAUAAAGGCAUCCAGCUAAGGAAUCUGAAAACCACUGGAUAAAUGAGACAUAGGAAGAAAAAGGACAAAUCAUCCAGAAAAAUGUCCCAAGAGAAAGGGUAAAUUGGUCUAUUGGUAUAUCGUAUUUCCAACAGCAUAAAAUUUCAUAAAUCUUUGCAAACAUUUCUUUCUGUCAUCCUCCACAGACAUAUAAUGCAAAUGGUUUUUUUUGUAGUCCCAGUCCACUUAAAGAUUAAAACUGCCUUUGAAUUUAGAUUGUGGCUCUCUCCUUCUCUAAAGCCAGCAUGUUUGUGAAAGGAAAAUCCAAAAUCUCUGUCUCAUGUCAGAAGAGCCACCGGAUAUGGAACAGAAGAAAAAUAAAAAUUUAAGGACUAUUAUAUUGCCAAUAAUGUCAUAAUCUUAUAGUUUUAUUUUGAAGAUUUGAUAGCUUUUCUAAUGGCCAAAAUAUUAACCCAAUAUUUAUAAUUUAUAAGAUAAAUAUGUAGUAUUUUAAAGGUUUUGUCAUGAUAUUAAUGGUCAUAUAGAGUACUAACUAACUCUAGAAAAGGGCUUCAUUUAUCUAUCUGUGCAUGAUUUCAUGUUUGAGUCUGUAUUAGUUUUCUGCAGUGAACCAUGAGCAUGCCUUUGAAGUCUCCAAAAAAAGGAUAGGGCCCCACAAUGAUUAUUCCUUCAGGACCAUAACACGACCAUAAAGCUGAAAAACACCACUUAAAGGUCAUCUUUGGAUUAUAAACUGCUCAGAACAAUUUUGAAGUGACUAACCGAGAUAUUCUAGCCUCACAGACUACUCUAGCUAGGACUUGAGACAAGCCCUGCACUUUCCCAUUAUGCAGAAUCUGGACAACAAAUAAUACAGCUACCUUUCUCAGGACUAGACUAUUAACCCAAGUCUUUCUUUUCAGGCUUCCCUCAAGAUGCUGUUACCCCAAGAUAGCAGGAAGUAAAUUUAAGAAGACAACGCCCACUCCCAAGUAGUAGAGUGGGUUGUUUUUGGUCAUUCAAUUAAUGGGUUAUGAAUAUUUGUCAUUGUUUAGGGGCCUCAGUUACAACUUGUUAUUGGUUACAGUCAGGAAGAAAUUUGAAGAAAGGAGAUAAAAUACAGAGUUCUUGUUUGGAAAAGAGAAAAAGGAGGAUACAGAUAUGAUAGCAUAAAAGGGUAGAUUAUUAAUUCUACUCUGAAAAGAAAAAGGGAGAAUACAGAUUUGAUAAGAUAAAAUGGUAGAUUAUUGAAACUACUUUUAAAAAGGAACUACUAGUUUUACAUUGGAUUGAACUUUUGCAUAUUGUAUACAAAUUUUGUACAUGGAUAUAAAUUUGAUACUAAUUUUGAUAAAACAUGCUGUACAUAUGUUUCUAAGCUUGUUCAAGGUAUUGUAUCUAUACAGUUUAUUUAACAAUAUAAUACAAAUUUCUUGUAAUUGAAAGUUAUAUUUACUUACUCUUUAGGAUAAUAAAGAAAUGUAGGUUAAUAAUUAGUCACCUAUUACAAUAGAACUUGUAGACAUUUUAGGUACAUUUUCAAAACGAAACAUAUAUUUUAAAUAGUCAAGUCAUUUUCAAACAAUUUAGAGAUCUACAGAAUAUGGCAUUUAAGAUAUUUUAAUAACAGAAGCUCUUUUUUAUGACAAUGAGACAUGUCUGCUCCUGGCAGUCCCAAUCUACUUCAGAGAAGAUAAUAGGCAUUGAAGAAUCUCCACAUGAAGUUUACUUUCUUUGGGGCCAAAGUAAGCCACUGGGUAAAAAAAUGCCCUUCCCUCAACUACUGAUAGUAUGUUGUCCAAACUGUACAAGCUGUUUUUGUCAUUUCUCAUAUUUUUUGGAAGUUGCUUGCUCAUACUUCCUGCUUACUUAGUUAAUAUUAUUUACUUCUUGGGUCUCUGAGAAAUUGGAAGACUAGUUUUAGUUUUUUUUUGUUGUUUGUUUGUUUAUUAGACACAGAAAAGAAACUCCCUGCAAAGUUCUAACGUGUAUAAGGUUGAGAGAUAUCAAAAGAUAGUUUUGGAUGGUAAUGCAAGUUAUGAUAUAAAGUAUUUUAGGUACAAGAUUUGGACUCACCAAGAUAGGAUAGAUAACGGAGUAUUUUCUCUGAAAUGCAAAUGGACUAGACAUUGAUGAUGUACUUAUGGCCUCCAUAUAUUGUAUAUAGUUAUUAUACUUAUUAUAUUUAGCUUUUCUUAUAUUAGUUAUAGCCUUCUCUUUUUUAUUUAGACGAAAGGGGGAAAUGUAGUGAUAUUUUAUUUGUAUUUCAAUGAAGAAAUAAUGAUCAGAGUUCAGAGCUAAGCCACUAGUUAGUCAUAGAGGCCAGGCAGUGGCAGCUCAUGCCUUUAAACCCAGGACUCAGGAAACAGAGUCAGACAGAUCUCUGUUAGUUCAAUGCCAUCCUGGGCUUGCACAAAAUCAAUCCAAAAAGAGAUCAUGGUGCUUGUGACUCAUGCCUUUAUUUUUUUAUUACUUAAAAACUUUCCAAUCCAAAUUCCCACUCCUUCCCCUCCUCCCAGUGCCCUCCCUCUCCCUCCUCAGACCCUUCCAUCCCAUCCCUCCAACCCUAAGGGAGUGCCAUGCACCCCACCCUGUGGAAAUUCCAAGGCCCUCCCUACUACAUCUUGGUUGAGCAAGGCUUACAUCCAUAAGGAAUAGGAUCCCAUGAAGCUGGUAUAUGCAGUAGAGACACAUCCCAGUGUCACUAUCAGUGGCCCCUCAGUCUGCCCCAACUGUCAACCCUCUUCAGAGGGGCUUUGUUGUUCCCAUGCUCAUUCACUCCCAGUCCAGUUUUGAGUUAGUGAGCUACUAUUCUAAAGCAAACUGUGUCAGUGGAUGACCCCCUCAUGGUCUUGAAUUCCUUGCUCAUACUCUCACUCCUUCCACUUUUCAACUGUAUAUUGGGAGCUCAGUCCAUUACUCCAGUGUGGGUCAUUGCCUCUGUUCCCCAUCUGUUGUUGGAAGAAGGUUCUAUGGUGACAUUUAAGAUAAUCAUCAGUCUGAUUACAGGGUAAGGUCAGGUCAGACACCCUCUCCUCUAUUGCUAAGGGUCUUAGCUGGGGACAUCUCUGUGGGGUUUAGGGCAUUUUUCUGGAGCCAGGUUUCUUGCUAACUCCAUAAUGGCUCCCUCAACUAAGGUAUCUCUUCCCUUGCUCUUAUAUCUGUCCUUCCUCCAUCUCGACUAUCCCAUUUCCUCAAGUUCUCCUCAAACCCCUUAUCCCCCCUUUUUUUUACCCCAUGCCCCCUGCUCCCAUUUUUUUGUCUCAUUCCAAUUUCCAGGUGUGUCUAUACAUGCUUUUUUGGGGGUUCACCUUAUUACUUAGUUUCUCUAGGAUCCUGAACUAUAGGCUUGUUGUCCUUUGUUUAUGACUAGUAUCCACUUAUGAGUGAGUACAUACCAUAUUCGUUUCUUGGGGACUGGGUUACCUCACUCAGGAUAAUGUUUUCUAAUUCCAUCCAUUUGCAUGCAAAAUUCAAGAUGUCAUUAUUUUUUACUGCUGAGUAGUACUCUAAUGUAUAGAUGUGCCACACUUUCUUUAUCCAUUCUUCAGUUGAGGGCCAUCUAGGUUGUUUCCAGGUUUUGGCUAUUACAAAUAAUGCUGCUAUGAACCUACUUGAAGAAAUGCUCUUUUAGUGUGAUUGAGCAUCUUUUGGGUAUAUUCCCAAGAGGUGGAAUUGCUGGAUCCUGAGGUAAGUUGAUUUCCAGUUUUCUGUGAAACCACCACACUGAUUUCCAAAGUGGUUGCACAAGUUCGUAUUUCCACCAGCAAUGAAUGAGUGUUCCCCUUGCUCCACAAUCUCUCCAGCAUAAGCUAUCAUUAGUGUUUUUGAUCUUAGCCAUUGUGACAAGUGUAAGGUGGUAUUUCAAAGUUGUUUUGAUUUGCAUUUCCCUAAUAGUUACGGAAGAAGUCCUUAAGUAUUUUUUUUUCCAUUUGAAAUUCUUCUUUUGAGAACUCAGUUUAGUUUAGUACACUACUUUUUAAUUGGGUUACUUAGAAUUUUAAUGUCUAAUUUCUUGAGUUCUUUAUAUAUUUUGGAGAUCAAUCCUUUGUCUGAUGUGGGAUUGGUGAAGAUUUUUUUCCCAUUCAGUAGGCUGCCUUUUUGUCUUAUUGACUGUGUGCUUUGCUUUACAGGAGCUUCUCAGUUUCAGGAGGUCCCAUUUAUUUAUUGAUGCUCUUAUUGUCUUGCUACUGGGGUUAUAUUUAGGAAAUGGUGUCCCAUGCCCAAUCAUCGAAGGUACUUCCCAAAGUUUAGUGUGGUCAGAUUUAUAUUGUGAUCUUUAAUCCAUUUGAACUUGAGUUUUGUGCAUGGUGACAGACAUGUAUCCAUUUUCAUUCUUGUACAGAUUGACAUCCAGUUAUGACAGCACCAUUUGUUGAAGAUGCUUUCUUUUUUCCAUUGUAUCUUUUUUUGUCAAAAAUCAAGUGUUUAUAAAUGUAUGCAUUAAUAUCUGAGUCUUCAAUUUGAUUCCAUUUGUCCACAUCACUGUUUUUAUGCUAAUACCAAGCUGUUUUCAUUGUAGCUCUGUAAUAGAGCUUGAUGUCAGGGAUGGUAAUGUCUCUGGCAGUUCCUUUAUUUUACAGGAUUGUUUUGGCUAUCCUGGAUUUCUUGUUUUUCCAUAUGAAGCUGAGUAUCGUUCUUUCAAGGUCUAUGAAGAACUGUGUUGGGAUUUUGAUGGGGAUUGCAUUGAAUAUAUAGAUUGACUUACAACUUGAAUCCCAGUGUUUGGGAGUCCCAUGCCUUUAAUGUCAGAACUAGGGAGGUGGAGACAGAAGUGAUAUGGCCAGUUCGAGAGAGGACUAUAAAGAGGAAGAGACAGGAACUCACUGGAGUGUGGAGUCUGAGCUUUCAUGGAGACAAAAUCUCACCCUUUACCUCUGAAAAUCUGGUAGAGGUAGAAGGUCUCUCUGGUGGUUUGUCUGCUUUGUUUCUUUGAUCUUCAGCUUGAACCCCAUUGUCUGUCUCUGGGUUGCUAUAAAUCAUAUUGUACCCCAUAUCUGGGAGAUCAUACAGAUGGAUACUUUGAAAGCAAGGGCAGAUUACUCUGGAGGAAGAAGUGAGAGCUAGCCUUUUGGGGGCGGGGGGUAAUCCACAAAGUUUCAACAAUGAGGACGUUGUGCUCUACAAAUUCAGCCCUCAAGACAAGAAAGCUUCUUGUUGGGUAGUGAAGGACAUAUGCUAGGUGAAGUGAUAAUUCCCCAAGAAUGCGGUGAGCUCCAUCUACACACACACACACACAUACACACACACACACACACACACACACACACACGUGCAUGCCUACACAAGGGCAGGUAAUAAAACACUUUCUUUUACUUGAUACCUAUACUCACGUUGUCCCUGGAUGCCCCUCUGUACUGUGUGUGCUCUGGGUGUAAAGAUGAAGGCAAGUCAUGAGUUUCUUUUGAAUUUGCCCUGAGGUUUGUUAUGGUGCCGGCAUCUUAGCAGGAACCAAAAUGACUGGGGACUUUCAUCAGAAAUCCUUCCUUUAUUUUUGUACAGUGCUUCAGAAAUGGGCUGGAAUGCACAGAAUAAAGUUUCGAGUCCUAGAGGGACUUUGUGUCCUUUGGAGAAAUGAAAUAAUAACAAAUAUCUUGAGUGGGUAUCUGUUGUAUAAUUUCUAAUUGGUUUUAAUAAUAAAAAUCCAAAGUCAGAUGUAGAGGUAUAUGCUGAACGAUCAGAAAAACAGAGGAGCAAACCAAAGUCAACCCUUACCUUCCUAACUCAUUUGACAGAAAGGGGGAGGGGGUGAAGCCUUGUCUCCAUCCACCUUAUAUUCUUCUCUGUGCCCAGCAAUAUCACUUCCUGUCUGUCUGUACAGACGUCCAGACCUCUAUGGCUAACAAGUUCCUAGCUCUACCCUCUGAUUUUAGACAAGCUUUAUUUAUUAGAGCACAAGCAAAAUCCCACCACAGGUAUGGAUGCCUUAGGUACAGGGAACUAUUGUUUCCACACAGUGAAAUCGUAAUUGUUGCUGGGCAAGCCCAAAGAAAGGAAUUGGGGCUGCUUCAAAGGAGCUGGUAAGCGAGUUAAAGCUGAGAUGAAAUAAAGGUUUUAUUUUGAUUUUUUUUUAUCUUCAGAUCAUGGUUCCAGGGAGCCUCUUCUUUCACACAAGGUUGAGUAUGCCACCAGCCAAAACGCGAUGUUAGCUGGGGUCUCUGGACAGGAAAAGCAAAGGGUUUGACUGGCAACUGUCCUCUCCACUUUGAUUCCUGUUCAUGGCUAGGGAUGUGCAACUCAUAAUGGCAACUUCCUGUGUUCCCUUUCUCCUCUGUGCACCAUGGAGUCUACUUCCAGGUUGAUUUUCUGGGGACCCUAAAGCAGAGAGACCAGAUCCCUGGGUAAUGGCUGAUUCCAGGAAAUGAAGUAUUUGUGCAGUGUAGUAGAAAACCUCGCGAUUGAUAUCUGUGAUGACAGUGCUUCAUCAGAGCAAGAUGAACAGCAGGCGAGUGGCCGUGGGAACUGGGGUCUGAAGCUGGUGGUCAAGCUUUUCUAGCCAAUUGUAAGAUGCGGAUUAGCUGGUACUCUCCCAUUAUUCUCUUCAGAUUCGUUUGCUUUAACUUUUCCUGGUCUCCUUUCUGUUCCCAGCUUGUUCCAAAGUUUCUGUCUCUAGGCUAGUAAUUUUUCAGAGACUGCUGCUGACAUUCAGUGGGUGAGGCUUAUUUGCUUCUCUCAUCUUUAUUUUUCUUUCUGAGCCUGGGUUCAGUGUCUAAAUUCCGCUCAUGUCCUAGUUCUCAGUUUUACUUAAAUUCUCCGAUGGUGGCGCACGCCUUUAAUCCCAGCACUCGGGAGGCAGAGGCAGGUGGAUCUCUGUGAGUUCGAGACCAGCCUGGUCUACAAGAGCUAGUUUCAGGACAGGCUCCAAAGCCACAGAGAAACACUGUCUCGAAAAACCAAAAUAAAUAAAUAAAUAAAUAAAUAAAUAAAUAAAUAAAUAAAUAAAUAAAUAUAAAUUCUCCCAAUCUUAAAAAAUUAUUUAUGUACGUAUUUAUUUAUUCUUCUCUCAUAUAUUACAUCCCCAUCGCAGUUUGCCCCUCCCUCCUCUGCUCCCAGUCUCCCGCCCCCAUAGGAAAAGGGUCCCAAAAGCAGGCAAAAGAAAUUCUCCCACUUCCAUCUUAAAUCCUUUGUCCCACCUCCCUCUAUGCAAUGCACCUCCUACCGCCUCGCGUUUUUGAGGCUUAGCGGACCAUCUGCUCCGGUAAACUCCGGGUGGGUGACAAGGCAUCUCCUCUGCCCUCUCUGGAGAGCACAUCUGCUGCAGAAGCGGCCCCAUUCUCCCACCUUAGCUCCCUCUCCGGAAAGGCAGGUGGUUGGCUCCUGACCCUUUUGCACAGCCUUAGGGACUCAGGCCUUUCGACCCUAAUGGUUUCCUUUCUUUCGCGCCUUCCUUUUCGGGCAAAGAGGAGGCGGAGUUAGGAUGGCGGCGCCACUGUUGCCGAGGCGACGCCGUUACUUCCGUUCGUUUCAAUGCUUCCGGGUUGGCGCUGCGGUGGCAUUUCCUACCUUGGCAGCCUCUGCUUCCCAGUCGUCUGAUGAGCUUGAGCAGCAUCAGAAAAGUCCCACUUUAAGCCAUGAGAUGUCUGGUCUGAACUGGAAACCUUUUGUGUAUGGCGGCCUUGCCUCUAUUGUUGCCGAGUUCGGCACUUUCCCUGUGGACCUUACUAAAACACGGCUGCAAGUCCAAGGCCAGAGCAUCGAUGUCCGCUUCAAAGAGAUAAAAUAUAGAGGGAUGUUUCAUGCCUUGUUCCGAAUCUAUAAAGAAGAGGGGAUUUUGGCUCUGUAUUCAGGAAUUGCCCCUGCUUUACUAAGACAGGCAUCAUAUGGCACUAUCAAAAUUGGUAUUUACCAAAGCUUGAAGCGAUUAUUUGUAGAACGUUUGGAAGGUCAGUAUGCUCAACUCUCUUUUGAGGUUAUCCUCAAAGGGAUUGUUGAAAUCAUGCUUACUAUUCGAAUGCAGGCUCAAGGAAGUUUGUUCCAAGGGAGCAUGAUUGGCAGCUUCAUUGAUAUAUACCAGCAAGAAGGUACCAGGGGUCUGUGGAGAGGCGUGGUCCCAACUGCUCAGCGUGCUGCCAUCGUGGUGGGAGUAGAGUUGCCAGUUUAUGAUAUUACCAAGAAGCACCUGAUACUGUCAGGAAUGCUGGGAGACACCAUUUUAACACACUUUGUUUCUAGCUUUACCUGUGGUUUGGCUGGGGCUCUGGCAUCUAACCCGGUUGACGUGGUGAGAACACGAAUGAUGAAUCAGAGGGCAAUAGUGGGACAUGUGGACCUCUACAAGGGUACUUUGGAUGGUAUUUUAAAGAUGUGGAAACAUGAGGGGUUUUUUGCCCUUUAUAAAGGAUUUUGGCCAAACUGGCUUCGACUUGGACCCUGGAACAUCAUUUUUUUUAUUACAUACGAGCAGCUCAAGAGGCUUCAGAUCUAAGAACUGAAAAUCUAUGGACCCAACACUACCGCCCUUUCUACUGUUCUCCUUUGUGUUCCUAAUGUAUUUUGACAAAGACGUAUGUGUUUACAGAACCAGUGGUCCCCCGAGGGUUCUCUUAUUGAAGAGUAGUAGGAUGACUUAAGGUUGUUUAUGCAUCUGUGUUACCUCUUCCCUAAGAGGAAGUAUUCACAUUGAGAGUGUGACCCCAGAUUGGUGUCUUCUGUGAAGAUGGAUACUGAUGGGUGACAUUCAAAAGGGCCUUCUUUUCAAACGUGGGUUAAAUGCAGUUGGUUAUCCCCAGACAGGUUACAGCAGAAGGCUACCAGCACAGGUCCUGCUAUGUAUGUUAUAGACCUUGGUUCUCAUUAAACUAUUUAUUG